AUGGCUGAACAGAAAUACAACCUCAAAGUGCUCCACGGCACGGCCCCGUCCGGCGCAGUUGCCGAAGGCACCAUCGAAGCGACUCUUGGGUAUGGGCAAGUUUACAUUGAGACGACACACUCGGGCCUCUGCGGCACCGACCUCAGCCAGCUCACACGAGGUACCGUUUUGGGGCAUGAAGGUAUCGGGAUCGUGCGCAAACUCGGCGAGGGCGUUACCAACUUGAGCGAGGGGGACAGAGUGGGAUUUGGCUUUACGCACUCGGUGUGCGGCGCGUGCGAGAGCUGUCUGACGGGUGUCGAUCAGUACUGCGUGAACCGGAGCGACUACUCGCGCAAACUCGUCAAUAUGGGCUCGUUUGCGUCUGGUGUGGUGUGGAGUGCAAACACUGUGUUUAAGAUUCCAGAGGGCUAUACGAGUGAAAACGCCGCGCCCAUGCUAUGCGCCGGCGCGACUAUUUUUACUAUCCUGAACGACUACGAUGUUAGGCCGACGGAUCGUGUGGGCAUUAUGGGUAUUGGUGGACUAGGCCAUUUGGCUAUCAAGUUGGCUGCUGGUAUAGGCUGUCAUGUCGUUGUGCUGUCGAGAUCAGAGGAUAAGAGGGCUGAGGCGAUGAGCUAUGGAGCGAACGAGUUUUACGUCUUUGACCCGACCAAGGGGAAGCCCGAGGGGUGGGAUGAGCGUGGGUUGAAGCAUUUGAUAUUGACAGCCAAGGCACCAAGCGAAGGCUUUAACACACUCUUUGAACUAAUGUCCGUCAACGGCGCAAUCUAUCCUCUCGGCGUAUCCGGCGAGAACACUCCGGUCAGGCUGACCGGGAUGAUCACCAAGGGAAUCCGAAUCCAGGCCUCCCUGACGGCGUCGCGCUCGACGAUCAACAAAUUGCUCGACUUUGUCGCGCAACACAACAUUGUGCCCACCGUGGAGACGUUUCCGAUGACCGUAGAGGGUGCCGAAGAAGCGAUUGAGAAGCUCAAGACGGGGAAGAUGCGGUAUCGUGGCGUUCUCGUGCGGUAG